CCCUCUCUUUCCUCUUGCUCAAUGAUUGCAUAACCUGUACUAUCCAUACUCCAAGUUUUGAAACGUACUCGAAGCUGUGUUUUGUGACUUACCGGUGCUGGUUUCCGGUAUCUCACUUUGCCUUCACCUCCCCCCACCGCCGUCGUCUGUUGUGACGUCCUCCCUUGCAUACUGUGCUACUGAUCAAUUCGCUGUUGAGCAAUGAAGAUAUUCCCCCUGACCGCGUGAAGAUAUCCCAACAUUGACAUAUCUCUGCGAUCCUUGAUUCGACCUUCUGCCCUCUCUCCUGUCACCGCAGCGACAUUUCGAUGGCUGCCCCCACCCCCUCGACCACUGGAUUGAUCGAUCCCACGAAACAGGCCGAAUAUCCUAUUGUACUGGGCGAUCGCCUCGCUGGCAAGGGCGCAUCAGAUUCCCAGCUGUUCAACGUCCAAUACAACUACAAAACCAAGUCUGCGACCGCCCGUUCCGUCAUCUCCCGCUCGAAGCAGUCUCAGGAUCGUUACAAUCUGACGAUCACAGAUAAAGCACCGAAUGCUGAGCAGAAUGUGCUGACCUACACCUAUCAAGGUAGUGUAGAUCCUGCACAAGCGGCGUUGGAAUCGGGGGAGCAUAAUCUUGUCUUGGUAUAUGACCCCAGCCGGAAAGCGUUCGUUCUAGAACCAGUCGCGGCACAGCUCAACUUCAACCUUCGGUCGGCCCCCGCGAAAUCACGUAAGCAGGUGCUCGAACAAUAUGAACAACUACGAACACUACAGGAGGAAGACCAGGGAUCAGGGGACGAUCGGGCUUCUGACAAUGCCAGCGGUAAUGAUGACGGUCCAGCGGAUGACAACAAUCCCUACGACUUUCGACAUUUUCUUCCGAAGGAGAAUGCCGAUGAUGAUAAGUCUGCGUCGGACGCCAGCAUAGGCAAAAGUGCGACACCCCUCAUGUCUGCUGCCAAACCCACACGAAGUCCCAGGCCCGUGCUUGAAAAACAGAAGCAGCGAGAGCCACCUCUCCGGAAGAAGGAACGAGCAGAGGCUGUCAAACCCCCGAAGUUCACACCGACACAAGCGCCUCCGAAAUCGCCGGUACGAAGUGAACGCAAAGGGGCCGAUCGAAAAGUGGCUAGAGAGGAUGAGGUGCGGAACGCCAGGGCGAAAUCUCCCCCGGCUGAGACGGGCUUGGGCUUGGUCUCGUCUCAGGUCAAUGAGCCUUCACCGGGGUCGAACAUCAUCAUUGAUGGUGACCUGAUCAUCGAGAUGGGCUCGCCGCGGCCGUCAAGGAUCGACACGACCUACUUCUCCGACACGCAUACCCCGGCCAGUGAAGACCGCGAGGACGAAGACGAUGAAGAUGUUGACCAUCUCCGACUUCCUUCUCCGGCCGGUCAUGGGAAGGCACCUGCAGUGCGCGAGCCUGUCUCUGCCCCGCCCAUGGACGAGGAUGAGCUGGAUGAUGAUGAUGCAUUGGCCGCCGAGAUGGAGGCAGCCUUUGAAGAGAGUGCCCGGGAGGAAGAAGAGGCGCGUAGCCAACAGUCGCAGCCACAGUACUCGUCGCAUCUAUACCACGCUCCGAGUGAGGAUGAGAGUGAGGUCAGCGAGGAGGAGUAAACCGUAUCCCUUACGGCAUUCGACUUCUAUAUAUGUAUUAAUUCUGUAGUAAGCUACAUAUCGAUAUAAGCAGGACGCAGUGGGAUGGGGUGAUUGAUGGCCAUUGAAGACUACUCCGUAAGCUGUUGCA